GCCGAGCUCAUGACUCCCGUUGCUCUCCAACUCCAAAAAUCAGAAAUUGAGUGCUCCCAGAAGUUCCUCAUAUCCAUCGAGAAGGCGGCUCCAAAAUCUAUCUACAAGCUACAGCUGCCCGCCUCAAAUCCCCGCCCCCACACACGGCGAGCUAGCUCACCCGCGUCGCCGCUCCCGUUCUUCCUCGCCGGGACAUCGCGUUCCUGCCGUCUCCGCCCAUUUGGUUUCCAGGUGCUGCUGCUUGCUGAUCCAGCUUUGGAGGAGUUCUUGGAUUCCUGACAUUGUGCCUUCUUGGGCCCAGAGCUUGAUAAGAUUUGUUGAAUAGUUUGGCAAUCUAGAGAGGGGGAGAGAGAGAGAAAGCCUACUUGGCUACUUGGUGUCUUGGCCGGGGCUUUGCCAUGGAGCAAGGGGGACACCAGGACCUAGAUCUUUACAGCUAAUAAUUGCUUUUUAGUUUUAGGGGUCUUGUCACUUGGUGCUUCUUGGUGCUAAUCUGCGGUGAUUGCUGAGGAGAAAACGAAAGGAAAAAGGGUGAGAGCAGUGAGAAGAAGAGUAAAGGAGAAAGGGGAUUCAGCUUAUUCUCAGUGUGUCAAGAUGAAGUAUAUGAAGCUUGGAUCAAAGCCAGACGUCUUUCAGACAGAGGGGAAUAUCAGGUUUGUGGCAACUGAGCUGGCGACGGACAUUGUUAUCACUGUAGGAGAUGUCAAGUUUUAUCUUCACAAGUUCCCACUUUUAUCGAAGAGUUCCCGCUUGCAAACGUUGGUAGCCUCUACAAACGAUGAAGGCAACGAUGAAGUAGACAUUUCUGACAUCCCCGGUGGACCUUCAGGAUUUGAAAUAUGUGCCAAGUUCUGCUACGGUAUGACCGUCACGCUCAACGCUUACAACGUCCUCGCAGCCCGCUGCGCAGCCGAGUUUCUGGAAAUGUUCGAGACGAUUGACAAAGGGAACCUCAUCUACAAGAUUGAUGUGUUCCUGUCGGCGAGCAUAUUCCGUACCUGGAAGGAUUCGAUAAUUGUGCUGCAGACAACGAAGUCGCUCCUGCCCUGGUCAGAGAACCUGAAGGUGAUCAACCACUGCGUCGAUUCCAUUGCGUCCAAGGCUUCCAUCGACCCGUCAGAGGUCGAGUGGUCAUACACCUACAACAGGAAGAAGCUUCCGUCGGAGAGCGGCUCCGACUCGCAUUGGAACGGCGUGAGGAAGCAGCCGAUGGUGCCCAGGGACUGGUGGGUGGAGGACAUCUGCGACCUUGAGAUGGGCUUGUACAAGAAGGUGAUCCUGGCGAUCAAGGCGAAGGGGAGGAUCGCUGCCGAGGUGGUCGGAGAAGCGCUGCGAGCCUACGCAUACCGAAGGCUGUUCAGCUCCCUGGACAAUGCUGUCAACAAUGGGCUUGACUGCACAAGGCACUGUGCAGCCCUUGAGACCAUCAUCUCUCUGCUGCCUGCUGAGAGAGGUUCAGUCUCAUGUGGUUUCCUGCUGAAGCUGCUGAGAGCUGCAUGCCUGCUUGGGUCCGACGAGACCCUCCGUGGCGACCUGGUCAGGAGGAUCGGCUCGCAGCUCGACGGAGCUUCGGUCUCGGAUCUUCUGAUACCUGCGAGCUCCGGCGAAAAUGCCAUGUACAAUGUCGACCUGGUCUUGGCGAUACUGGAGGAGUUCAUGGCGCAGCGCCACGGUGGUGGCGAUGAGGAAUUACAGGACGACGACGACGAAGAAGAAGUCACCAUGGAUGGCGAGAACCACCGCCACCUGGUCUCUUCCGUCUCCGGCGACUCAGAUCUUGCGCUGGCAAGGCUGAUCGACGGGUAUCUUGCUGAGAUCGCGAAAGACCCCAGCCUUCCUCUCCCAAAGUUCAUCGCUAUCGCUGAAACGGCGCCCCUCGCUGCUCGGCCAACGCACGAUGCGCUCUACCGCGCCAUUGACAUGUACCUCAAGGAGCAUCCGGGUUUGUCGAAGAGCGAGAAGAAGAGGCUGUGCGCGCUGAUGGACUGCAAGAAGCUGAGCGCCGAGGCGAGCGCGCACGCCGUGCAGAACGAGCGCCUCCCGCUGCGCGUCGUCGUGCAGGUCCUCUUCUUCGAGCAGCUCCGGCAAUCAUCGGCAGCCGCCGCCGAGCUCCCGUCCUCUGCUCUGCGCUCCCUCCUGCCCAGGGAGAGCGGCAACUCCUACGGCAGCUCCAGGUCAGCCGCCACGACGGCGACGACGGCCGAGGACGACCAAUGGGGCACUGGAGCCGGCGAUGCCGGAUCGUUCCGGUCGGCGGGCGGCGGCGCCAUGGCCACGAACAAGAGCGGCGGCGGCGGCGAUGGGGGCAGCAGCAAGAACGGCGGUAAGGCGGGGAAGGGGAUGAUGCCGAGGAAGAUGCUGAGCAAGCUGUGGUCCGGCAAGGCGAGCAGCGGCGGGGAGCACAGCGGCGGUUCCGACACGUCCGAGAGCCCCGGCUCCGCCGCCCACCUCGACGCCAUGGCCGCCGGUGAUGCCAAGUCCACGCAUUCGCGGAGCACCAGGCAUUCCGUCUCGUAGCUUUAAUUUGUUGCUUGCUGUCUUUUCUUUUCUUCGUUUGAUUGUGUUUGUUUUCUCUGGGGCGGAGCCAUGGAUCGAGGCCGAGCUUGUAAAUUCGCCUGGUUUCGCCUCAAGAAGACGACGAUGAUUUUAGUUGAUGUGUACUUAUUUUGGUCGCAGUAUACAAAGCAAAAUCUGAAUUCAAAGAUUUAGUCGCGCGUUCUUAA